AGAUGUUCCCUAUGAAAUCACAGUGUUUACAGGAGAUGUGAGCGGAGCAGGGACUGGGGCCAAUGUUUUUAUUGUUAUAUACGGAACUGAACUCAAUACUGGGAGAGUGUGUUCUAGCUGACACUAAGAAGAAAAGGAAAAAUUGCUUUGAGAGAGGGGCCUCGGACCAGUUUGUUAAAGAGUUACCUGACGUUGGUGACGUCAUCGAGAAGAUCCGCGUUGGUCAUGAUGGUAAAGGGAUUUUGGCAGGAUGGUUUUUAGAAAAAGUUGAAAUACGACGCUUACUUGAAGACAGUAAAAGUGCGAAACUAUAUUCGUUUCCCUGCGGACGCUGGCUUGCAAAAGGUGAAGACGACGGAACGAUAGUUAGGGAACUGGUGCCAAAAGAUGUCACCGAAGAAAUUGUGAAGAAGGAUGGUGAAAUUGUUUCUAAUAAAGUAGAACAAGAAGCAUUGGAUGUUCAUAAAUAUCGUAUACGUGAUCACUGGUGACGUUAAAGGUGCAGGGACUGAUGCAAAUGUCUUUCUUACCUUAUAUGGUCAAUAUGGUGACUCUGGUGAACGACCGCUGUCCAAAUCUGAGACUCAUACUGAUAAAUUUGAACGUGGAAAUGAAGACAUUUUUACACUUGAAGCAGCAAAUCUUGGUUAUAUACACAUGAUGAACUUACGGCAUGACAAUAAAUUGUUAAAUUCAUCUUGGUUUGUUGAGAGAGUAGAAAUUGAAGAUCUUACCGCUGACAGACAUUUUAUUUUUCAUUGUGAACGCUGGCUCGCAAGAAGCAAGGAAGACAAAAAGAUUGACAGAAAUUUUUAUGAAAAAGAUUUUAAGGGUGAUCGCUCAAGCACUAUGACAGACAUGAGCAUGAGUUCAAACAUUAAUCCUCGUAUAUCGUUAUUUCGAAGUUCGAAGCGAAGCUCAACAGCUGAUGCCAUCUUUGAAAAAGAAUUCAAAAAAAACAGCAAAAAAUACAACGCAUUGAAAUUUAUUUCUUACACUGUCCGCGUGCUCACUUCAGAGGAAAAAGGAAGUGGGACCGAGGCAAAUGUUUACAUCGUUAUAAUUGGUACUGAGGCGUGUACUGAAAAAAUUGACCUGGAACUUGUUCAAAAGACAGGAUUUGAACCUGGUACUGCUGAAACUUUCUCAAUAGAAGGCGUCGACGUUGGUGAUAUUAGAAAAAUUGAAAUUGGUCAUAAUGGGUUUUUGGCCAAAGAUGCUUGGUAUCUCAAAGAAGUGGAUAUUGAUGUUCCAACACGUGGCAAAGUGUAUCAUUUCCCGUGCAAACGCUGGCUGGCGAAAGAUAAAGAUGAUGGACUGACGGCUCGUAUUCUUACUCUUAAUGAUGGCGAUCAAAUUUCUUACAAACCAUUUAUUCUUUAUGAGAUCACUGUAUUUACUGGUGACGUAAAGGAUGCUGGUAUUGAUGGUGAUGUCACUAUGACCAUAUAUGGCAGUGAGGGCGCCACGUCCGAAGUGAAGCUUGAGAAGGGAGACGAAAUGUUUGAACGAGGUGGAACUGACUUAUUUCGAAUGGAACUGGAAGAUGUUGGUAAAUUGUGUAAGCUGAGGAUUGGUCAUAAGGGGAAAGGAAACAGAAAUGAAUGGUUCUUAGAUAAGGUUAUAGUUCGAAAUGAUUUCACAGGUUCUGUUAGUGUAUUUAAAUGUAAUUCUUGGCUAACUCCUGGAGAUUUAGUCAAAGAACUACCUGCUAUUACUGACGGAGAGAAAAAAGUCGAAAAGACGUCAUAUAAACUAAAUGUAAUAACGGGUGAUGUUGGUGGCGCAGGGACAGAUGCAAAUGUUUGUAUCAUAAUCUUUGGUGAACAUGGCGACUCAGGUGAAAUAGCUCUGAAAAAGUCUGAAACUUACAAAGACAAGUUCGAACGAGGUCAUACUGAUGUCUUUUUACUCCAGGACAUACUAAGUUUGGGUGAACUAAUUAAAGUACGAAUAUGGCAUGAUAACAAGUUCCCAAAAGCUAGUUGGUAUUUAGAAAGAAUAAAUAUUGAAGAUGAAACAACAAAGAAAUUUUAUGAAUUUCCCUGUGAUCGUUGGCUAGGCAAGGACAAAGAUGACGGUAGUUUAGUUCGAGAAUUGGCAUGUGCUAAUAGAGAUGAAGCUACCGACUCUCCAGUUGCUGCAUUUGAAAUAACCCUUUUGACGAGUGAUAGACAGAAUGCAGGUACCAAUCAGAACGCGUCCAUCGUCUUAGUUGGGGAAAAGAGGAAAUCUCAGGUUCUUCACAUUGAAAACAAUUCGAAAAAUAAACUUCUCAGACGUGGAAACACUAACACAUUUAAAUUUGUAACCAAACCUCUGGGAAAUCUCAUUGAAGUUAUUAUUGGACAUCACCCAAAGCUUGGAGCAAAACUUUCUGAGAAAGAAACAUCAUGGUAUUUACAUGAAGUAGUGGUAAAAAACACUGACACCGGUGAAAGAUUUGUAUUUCCUUGCCGUCAAUGGAUACCACUUUCUUCAAGCAAAGAUGACAGAGUUAUAUUGGAGUGUAAAACAGCUGAACGAUCAAGGCUAUCUGUAAAACGAGAGCUUCAAGCCAUGAAGUACGAGGUGGCGGUUUUUACCGCUGACGUUCUUCAUGCGGGCACCGAUGCUAAUGUUACAAUUGUGCUAUACGGAGAAAACGGUGAUACUGGUCCACGGAGGUUAUCAAAAAAAAUGGUGAAUUUAUUUGAGCGUGGUCAAAAGGAUUGCUUUAUUAUUGAAGCACUAGAUUUAGGUCAACUAAAGAGAUUACGUAUUGAACAUGAUAAUAAAGGAUAUGGAGCUGGUUGGAUGCUUGAUAAAGUAGAAAUCACCAACUUAGAAAGUUCUGAAGUUACGAUUUUCCCGUGUAAUCAAUGGUUUGAUAAGAAAAAAGGUGAUGGUUUGAUUUCUCGAGAACUCUUUCCCACAAAUGCUACAUGAAGUACUCGAUUUUGCUGUCUGUUAUUCUUCUAAUUAUUUAUUCUGGCAUUAUGUCAGCCGUAUAAGGGACCCUUUGAUGUGCAAAUUCUUUAUGGCUAUGGUUUACCAUUUCAUCUUUCUUGUUCGUUAAAAAGGCAAUAGACUGGCUGCCAUGAUGAUAAUCGUGUAAUACGCAAUCAUAUAAUCACUUUUUGUUUCAUUUCGAAUUACCGUAUUUCUUCGCCUCCCUCUAGUAAACGCCCCGGCGUUUAUUAAAAUGACUGCCAAAGAAACUCUUCGACGAAGUUAAAUUUUUUAUUGUAAUAAUUUUUGUAAAUAUUUUUAAUCAAUAAAUGUCAUUUUAAAGAUUUA